AUGAUGCUAGAGGCUCUGCUGAUGGUCCUCAGCCUGCAGACCCUCUGGCAGGUUGAGGCUGUUCCUAUCCUGCCCCUGAGCCUGGUUCCAGACACCUUCGAUGAUGCCUAUGUGGGCUGCUCUGAGGAGAUGGAGGAGAAGGCAGGCCUGCUGCUAAAGGAGGAGAUGGCACACCAUGCCCUGCUACGGGAAUCCUGGGAGGCUGCCCAGGAGGCCUGGGAACACAGGCGUCACAGGCUCACUCUGCCCCCUGGCUUCAAGGCCCAGCAUGGAAUAGCCAUUAUGGUCUACACCAACUCAACGAACACUUUGUACUGGGAGCUGAACCAGGCCGUGCGGACGGGGGGUGGCUCUCGGGAGCUCUACAUGAGGCGCUUCCCCUUCAAGGCCCUGCAUUUCUAUCUGACCCGGGCCCUGCAGCUGCUGCGGGGCACUGGAGGCUGCAUCAGGGAAGCUGGGGAGGUGGUAUUCCGAGGCGUGGGGAGCCUACGCUUUGAGCCCAAGAGGCUGGGGGACUCCAUCCGCUUGGGCCAGUUUGCCUCCAGCUCUGUGGAUGCAGCAGUGGCUUGCAGGUUUGGUAAUGCCACCUUCUUCUCUCUAAGGACUUGUUUUGGGGCUCUUAUCCAGGCCCUGUCUGUCUUCCCUGAGGAACGUGAGGUGCUGAUACCCCCCCAUGAAGUCUUCUUGGUGACUGGGUUCUCUCAAGAUGGAGCUCAGAGCCUCGUGACUCUCCAGAGUUAUAAUCACACCUGCAGCCACUUUAACUGCGCCUAUUUGGGUGGGGAGAAGAGGCAUGGCUGUGUGUCCUCACCAGCAGUAGGGCAGCCAGAGUCACCCUCUGGGAGGGUCUUGACUCUGCAAAGGAGAAGGACCUUGCACUUGGACCCUGGAGAGUUUCAGAAGAGCUGCACCCUGAAAGUCACUUAGGAAUCUUGGGAACUGAUGACCUUACUAUGAAGAGAGGCUUUGAAUGGCCUCAGGAAGUAAGAGUAUGGUUCUGGCUCCAGCCCUAGCAGCCACCUCCCCAACCAGGGCUGGGGGAGACUUGGGGCCAUGGCAAGGUUGAAAGAACUCCAUUAUGUAUAGGGACUCCCUGGGACAUGCAAGGGAAGACCUGUGAUGGCUACUCAAUUAAACAGAGUUGUGGUGUGGAGA